CGUAAGAUUUGUGUGCAUUUAGAUACAGUAAAGCUAAUUCGAAUGUAUCAAAAAGUUGUAGAAAUUGUUAGUAUUGACUCUGAUAAAAGUUUAGCAAGGAUUCUAAUGAAAUUUAUACAAAAUACAUUAAAAUUGAAUUUAAACUAUUAAGCUGGGAUUAUAAGUAUUGUGAUUAAGUUCAUUUGAUUUAGUUGUACACAGAUCCAUUACAAAUUACAUUUAUAUACUCUACAAGUACAGCAUUAAGUGGUAGUGUACAGUUUCUCGGUAGCAACUCUCAACCUAAGCUGAUGAGGGCUCGCUAAAAUGCUUGUGGCCACUGGGGAAAAAAAUGCCUAGACAGAAAUUUCAAUCAGCACUUCGUAAAGCUACUGAACGAUUCACCAUCACCAAUCCCUAAUUCGAAGAUGUCUCAAUAUAUAGGUAAAACCAUAUCCUUGAUCUCUAACAAGGGACUUCGUUAUGUUGGGAUUUUGGAUAAUAUUAAUGCUCAAGAUUCUACUGUAGCAUUAAAGUCAGUAAGAUUAUUUGGUACUGAAGGUAGAAUGGCUCAAGUUGGUAAUCCUCAUGCUGAAGUAUUACCAGGUACUGAAAUAUAUGAUUAUGUAGUUUUCAGGGGAUCUGAUGUUAAGGAUUUAUCAGUUUUAGAUACUCCACUUGAUCAAGUUAAACCUGAACCUUAUGUUGCUCCACCUACCGGUUACUAUCAAGCUCCACCCCAACCUCAAACUAGUGCUGCACCUCUGUCUAAUCAACAAUUUUCUCCUGCUACUACUACUACAUCAGCUCCAACUACGACCUCAAGUUCUGCCCCAGCUCCAGGUGCUGGUCCUGAAGCUGCCAUUCCUACUUCAACUUCAACUCAAGCUUCAACCCAGCCAGUUCCAACCAAGACAGAACAACAGGCUCCAUCUAAAACAACACAAGAAGCAGCAUCUGAAGGAUCAGCUCCAGAAGUUUCAAAGACAACUGAAAGAUCUAGUGAAGUUCCACAACCACAAUCUGAAUCUCGUCCUCGAGCAAGAAAGAACUCUAAAGCUCCAGAGAUUCCUGCAGAGGAAUUUGAUUUUGAAUCCUCGAAUGCUAAAUUCAGCAAGGAAUUAGAAAGUGAACGUGAGCUUGAGCAUACAGCUUAUAACAAGAGUAGUUCUUUCUUUGAUAAUAUAUCAUCUUCCAAUGAACAAAGAUCAUCUUUAAGAUGGUCAGAAGAGAAAUCACUUAACUUAGACACUUUCGGAGAAUCUUCUCUUCAUAAUGGUAGAGGAAGAGGCAGAGGUAGAGGAGGUCGUGGCUUCUACAGAGGUGGAAGAGGUGGAGGUCGUGGUGGACGUGGAGGACGUGGUGGUAGAGGGGGCCAAAGAAAUAAUGACUACAAUAGCAAGCCAGAAUGGGCAUAAUUUAGAAUCGAUUUCAGUAAUUCUUGUAUUAUAACGUUGGAUGAAUUUGUGUUUAUCAUUUUCAUGUUGCAUCACAUAUCUUUCACAUUCUUUCUUUUCAUUUUCUACAAAUUA